GCUUUGUUUCCGUCUAUACUCUUUUGGCCUUUUAUAAGCUUCGCUUUUUGCAUUGUAUUCCCCACAGUUCCCGCACUCACACCCCAACUCUUCCUCUUCUUCAUCUUCUUCUUCCAUCGAAACUCAGCCACGCAUACCCACUUUUCUGCUUCUCUAUUUUUUUUUUUAUUUUUUCUCUGUAUUUUCCAUCUGCGAUCAUGGGCGGCCUUGAAACUGAAAGAACCAUAAAAGGUUGGGCAGCAAGAGACUCAUCUGGGAUUCUUUCACCCUAUACAUACACUCUUAGGAACACAGGACCAGAAGAUGUAUACCUCAAAGUCACUUUCUGUGGAGUUUGCCACACUGAUCUUCACCAGGCCAAAAAUGAUCUUGGAAUGUCCCACUACCCCAUGGUUCCUGGGCACGAAGUGGUUGGUGAGGUUGUGGAAGUUGGAUCGGAGGUUACAAAGUUCAAAGCAGGAGACACAGUGGGUGUGGGAUGCACUGUGGGUUGCUGCAGAAACUGCCAUCCAUGCAAAACCGACAACGAGCAGUACUGCAGCAAAAAAAUCUGGUCCUAUAACGAUGUCUAUACCGACGGAAAACCCACUCAAGGAGGGUUUGCCGAAGCCAUGGUCGUCCAUCAAAAGUUUGUGGUGAAGAUUUCCGAUGGAUUGGUGCCGGAACAAGCGGCGCCGCUACUUUGCGCUGGAGUGACAGUUUACAGUCCACUGACUCAUUUUGGGCUGAAACAGAGUGGAUUGAAAGGAGCAAUAUUGGGUCUUGGAGGUGUUGGACAUAUGGGGGUGUUAAUAGCAAAAGCAAUGGGACACCAUGUGACUGUGAUAAGCUCUUCUGAGAAGAAGAAAGUGGAAGCUCUUGAACAUCUUGGUGCUGAUGAUUACCUGGUCAGCUCGGACACCACUCGCAUGCAACAAGCUGCUGAUUCAUUCGAUUACGUUAUUGAUACAGUCCCUGUUUUCCACCCCCUUGAGCCUUACCUUUCUUUGUUGAAGCUCGAUGGGAAGCUGAUCUUGAUGGGUGUUAUUAAUACCCCUCUGCAAUUCGUCUCCCCCAUGGUUAUGCUUGGGAGGAGGAUGAUUACUGGGAGUUUUGUGGGAAGCAUGAAAGAACAAGAAGAAAUGCUUGAGUUCUGCAGGGAGAAGAACGUAACUUCCAUGAUUGAAACCAUCAAGAUGGACUAUAUUAAUGAAGCAUUUGAAAGAUUGGAGAAGAACGAUGUUAGAUACAGGUUCGUUGUGGAUGUUGCGGGGAGCAAUCUUUAAUCAAUUAAAGAAAAUAAAUUACAGGAAAUAUAUAUAUAAGUAUAUAUAUAUAUAUAUAUAUAUAUAUUUAUAUACUCAUUAAGUGAAAAAGCUGCAACUUUGUUUCUUUUUUUUUUUUUUUUUUUCCCUUAAUUUCAGAGUGCUCUGGUCUUUCUCUUUUGCUUUUUUACAUUGAAACAGUUUGGGUACUCUAUUUUCUCUGUUUCCUUGGUUUUUUCUUUUUUCUAAUAAAAUGUAGAAGACGUGUUGAACAAA